AUGCUAGAUUGUGUUUUUGACUGUGAAAUCGGACCUGACCCCGGAUCAAAUUGCAAAUACACUCAACCCCAAGAUGUUCUAAUCGCUGACAGUUUCCUGCAAGGACUUCAAUCAGUACUUCGAAAAGUCUACGCAGCUGAAGCGGUCUUGUUCAAACGCUUGGAGGCCUCGUCAACGGCGCAAGAGACUGAAAGGUUGCGUUUCGGCUUAACACGAUUAGGCGAAGUUGAAAGAAAGCUGAACAUGCGGAUUAUCGAUCAUAUUAAUCUCAUAUCGCCGUGCGAUUCUGAAGAAGAAUGA